AUGUCUGAGAAAGCUGAAGUUCCACUUGCGGACGUUACCCCGGAUCAGGGUCAUGGCACCUACCUUGACAUUCAGACUAUCCCCAGCGCGCGUGAGCAGGCAAGAGGCCUUUGGAAUUCUAAGAGAGCUGUGGGGGCAGCCCUCGCGUGCUCCUCGGCGGCAACACUAGUUGGUUAUGAUACGACCCUGAUCGGCUCCAUUAUUGCUAAUGAGCAGUUCAUCAUACAAUUUGGUGUAUACGACAACUCCUUGCAACAAUGGACACUCCCUGCUACACACCAGAUGAUAUGGACGAUGGUACAGUUUAUUUCUGCUGCAAUGGGCGCUGUGAUCGUUGGAUACUUGAGUGAUCGGCUGGGCCGGCUGGUCUGUCUAUAUGGCAAUGUCGUUAGGUUGACAAUCCUUGGUACUCUGAUGGAGCUCUUCUCUUCUAACUGGAAAGUCUGGGUCGUCGGGAAGUUCAUCAUGGGGUGCUCCAUGGGCUUCAUGCAAUCUAUUGUGCCCUCUUGCAUCUCCGAGCUGGCACCGUUCCAUAUGCGAGGGUUUCUAUUGUCUCUUUUCCAGUUUUGGCUUAUAUUGGGAACGUUCUUCGCCGCCUGUGUCUUAGAGGGCACUUCGACAGUUGACGGACCCUGGUCCUGGAAGGCCGCCAUCGCCUCUCAGUUCGGCAUCUCUCUGAUCUGUCUGCUUUUGGUUUUCUGCAUGGUCCCAGAAUCUCCUUAUUACCUCGUUCGACAAAACCGUAUUGAAAGUGCACGUGAGGUCUUGCUGAUGCUGCGCGGUAAUGAACUCUCCUACAACGUGGACGAGGAUCUAGAUAUGAUUAUUAGGACGAUCGAGCUGGAGGAGCAAGCCGCCGCUAGCUCCGCCUCAUACGCAGACUGCUUCAUUGGGGUGAACCGGCGCCGCACGUUUGUGGCCUGCUUGCCAAUUGCGAUGCAGCAGUUCAUGGGCUUCCCCCUGUGCGGCAACUAUCUCUCCUACUUCCUGAAGUUGGCGGGUCUGAAGAACGCUUUCUUGGUCCAGGUUCUUUCCUCGUUGCUUUCUCUGUUUGCCAUCCUCCUGGCCUUUGCAAUGAUCGAGCGAGUGGGGCGCCGGCUGCAGCUCCUUGUCGGUUGCUGCAUGAUGCUCCCCUGCCUGCUGGGCUUGGGCAUUCUUGGACUUGUCAACUACGGUACCGCCGCGAACGGGCGAGGAUUAGCGGGCCUCGCCAUUAUUUGGUCAAUCUUCUACUACUUCUCCUGCGGCGCGGUGGGCUGGACCGUAUUAGGCGAGGUCUCCUCCACACGGCUGCGCACCAAGACAAGCUCGGUUGCCGUCGGCGUCAACGCCAUCAUUAACAUGGCGUGGGCGAUGGCAGUUCCUUAUCUAAUAAAUGUGGAUGAGGCCAACUUGGGCCCCAAGUCGGCCUUUAUUUUCUUAGGAACAGGUUCGGCGCUCUGCCUAAUCGUAUAUUUUACUGUUCCCGAGACCAAAGGCAAGACCUUUGAGCAGCUGAAUGCCUUAUUCGAACAGCGAAGGUCGGCUCGGAGAUUUUGAGGCGGACCUAGAACUAGUACAUCUUUCGCCUUGUUCCUGUUUAUUUCUUCCAGCAAUCGCUUUUUACAACUUUAUGUGUAAUCUGGUAGGGAGGCCAAAUCCCUUGAUCAAUGACUGUUGUAUCCUGCGUUAUAUUAGCCUAGAACCUCAUGCUGUAGGUGUAUGUGUGUGUUCAUGGUUUUUAAUUUUUAUUUCUUCUCCAUUUUGGCGUCCCUGUCACUUAACAUCCGGGUGGAUUACUCCAUGUGACCCCACAUGGACAUGCGUG